UUGCGCUCUUCAUCUGUACAUACUACCGCGACCCCUCACCUCUUCGCUUCUUCGCAUAUCUUGGCUUCUCAUCCAGUCCUUCCGCCAACGUCCUUCCGCCUCGGAAAAAUGGCCGACCCCAACAACACCGACCUGUCUGUGUACCAAGCCAGAAUGGCUCUCAAGAAACUGGAUGAGGCUCGCCUGCACGAACGUUGUCCAAAAGCGUGCAAAGCUUGCAGCCAGAAGCAUCGGAAAUGUCAAUUCAAGACUGGUGCAUAUCCGAAAUGCGAUUUAUGCGCCAAAAACAACAGGGAGUGUGAAAUUAUUCCACCUGUGGCUCAUCCCAACAGUCGAAGGACGGACGAUCCUAGCCGUGCAGCUGGCCCUUCAUCUUCUCAGACCCACCAGUACGCCGCGGAAUACGCGUAUCCCGCGAGCCCGACCUCUAACACACGUGAACGUCCCAACAGAACGUCUCAAUAUUCAAGCGACUCAUCCAAUGGCAGUCCUGUAACAAGUAGCCACCCGUCGACUCCCUAUGGAUACCCGCAGAACGACUACCAGCACAAUGUUAACACUCCUAGUGGACAGGUGUCACAUGCGUACCCGAGUUCACAAUCUCAACAGAGCCCGUAUGCGGGUAACCUUGCUCAUACUCACGCGUACACUCCGAGCCCGUCUGGCCUUAGUCCAACUCAAACUCGCGAACAACAGCCGUACUACGUUCCCUCCCAAACGCAUGUCCAGUCUCCGCCGAACUUCGUUCCGAGCUCCCAUCAAUGGUCCGGGACCCACGGAGUGCAAACGCAAGCAGCGCCGCCUUCAAUUGGCCAAGGUUAUGCAUAUCCUGGUGGUUCGCAUUCCACAACUCCGGCACGUCAGGCGUCGGCGCCGAACGUUCCGCAGAUCCAUACGAAUCCGGGCCAGUCGUACAUCAGAACGGCUCAAGGAUAUCAGGUAGCGUCUCCAGCUUCACCAGGCGGGUCCUACGGAGUUCCAGGCAACACCAUGUAUCAGAUGCAAGCUCAGAACACGUCCGCCCGAUACGGUACUGGCAAUAGCGGUCAAGGGUACGAUCAGACCAUGACUAACGCUAGUUCGGGUACCGCAAGUGGAGGCAUGUAUUACCAGCCGAACAUGCAUCAAUAGACAUGGGUCCAAUUCAGUGCCGUUCUAUUCAGGACUCUGAUCUCUUCUCUCGUCUAUGAUUCGUCUGUUUCUUGCACAUUUUCUUCUUGAUCCUGUUUUGCACGUAGCGCUGUGAGUUCCUUUCCCCCUUUGGUAAGAGAAUCGACGAUCGUCUACUCUCCUUUCCCUGGUCCCUUCAACAUGACAUUAAUUUCUUGGCGUGUUAUUUUAUAUGGCUUUUCGUACAUCAGGAUGUAUAUAGUUUUUACGCGAUUUGUAUGGUUCUGUAUGGUAUGGUAUGGUACAGUAUGGUAAUGUAAUUUGGUUCCGU